AUGGAGCGGCCCCCAUGCUGCGAUGUGCCGAACAUUACAGAGCUACUUAGCAGCCUCGGCAUCCCGAAAUCGCAGGCUCUUGGCUUCCAGCUGACGUUUCUGGCACCCGCAAAAUAUCAAACGCCACCGGAGAAUGACGAGAAGGCGUGCGAGGGAGAACGGGCCGAGCGUGUCAAAUUAAAGGACGCGGGUCCCUUGUCUCCCGAAGGAAUCGAUAGGCAGCCCGUGUACGACUGGGAGUUGUGUCUUUACUGCGGAGGGCCAGAUCAUCCAGCAGCCAACUGUCCCAAGAAACAAAAACUGCCCGCUCAAGCUCACGCGCCGCUCCAUCUGCCAAGCCUCCCCGCGGAUCAGGGGAACGCCUCCGGCGGGCUAAGAUCUAAAAGCGGUCAUCGAAGGCGUGACAGAGGAGGGCUGCAGCUGUUUGCCACUCUUCAGCCCCCCACAUGGACGUGGGCUGACUCUAAUGACGCGCAGGCGGCGGCGGGCAUUCUGUGCUACGUGGGCGCUUACGUCUUCAUCACGUACGAUGACUACGACCACUUCUUCGAGGACGUCUACACGCUCAUCCCUGCCGUGGUUAUCAUAGCUGUGGGGACGCUCCUCUUCAUCAUCGGUCUCAUCGGCUGCUGCGCCACGAUCCGAGAGAGUCGCUGUGGGCUCGCGACGGUGGUUCUGGGCUACAUCUACAGAGCGAAGGUGGAGGAUGAAGUCAAUCACAGCAUCACGAAAGUGUACGACGCAUAUAAUGGGACAAACCCAGAUGCUGCCAGCCGCGCCAUUGACUACGUGCAGAGACAGCUGCAUUGUUGUGGUAUCCACAACUACACAGACUGGAACACGACAAACUGGUUCAAAGAAAUGAAAAACAACAGCGUGCCCCUGAGCUGCUGCAAAGCCAGCGUUAGCAACUGCACGGGGAGCCUGGCUCAUCCCACAGACCUUUACGGCGAGGGGUGCGAGGCCCUGGUGGUAAAGAAGCUGCAGGAGAUCAUGAUGUACGUCAUUUGGGCAGCGCUGGGCUUUGCUGCCAUCCAGCUCUUAGGCAUGCUCUGUGCUUGCAUCGUCCUCUGCCGGAGGAGUCGGGACCCUGCUUACGAACUGCUCAUCACCGGAGGGACCUACGCGUAGAAGAAGCCGAAGAACCUGAAUUUCCUGUUCCCCUCCGCUUGGAAAAAAAAGGUGUUUCGAUUCGGCGCCGUCGAUUCGGUCAAGUGAGCCGGGAUGGCAAACGCGUACACUGGCGACAGGCGAAACCGAAGCCUUCCCUUCACCCCAGCCCUCCCCCCUAUUACUGUGGCCUCCCUCCCCCUCUGUAUAUUUCGAGUAACCAAAUAAACGCUAAUCUCGGAACCGUCGACAAAACGAGCAGCGUGACCCGAGAGAGGUAGAGUUUGCCGCUCAAGGCUGGCCAAUUGCCUCCGGACCCCGUCCGGGUUUUUAACCUUGCGUGCGGAAUCCUUCCGGUCUUCGCCGCGGGGAGCAAUCGGCCGGUCGUGUGAAGGAAGGUCGGCUGCGUUUUGAUUUUGCAAGGUUUCACCUGUCACUCCCCCCCAAAAAAAAUCUUGCCUGUCAGCAGUGUUUGUGUCUCCACAGAGCAUUAAGCGAAGCCCCAAACACCACAACGAAACUCCUACUAACCAAAAUUUUUAGAGUCGCACGAGCACAUCUCUUGACCUUUUUAAAAAACAAAAAACUUCGACCGAGCAGAUCUUCCGAAACCUCUUUGUUUUAAAGUACAGGCUGGCUUUUCAGGAGUAUAAUGUAUGCACUACUGUUCUAUAAUGAAUAUUUUCAUUUUUUUUUUCUAUGAGGAGCUGUUUUUUGUGUCGAGUGAACUGUUCUUCUAGAGUAGCGAAAACAGUACGUGAAGGUGAAUUGUGUAAAUAGAAGACCUGAUUAAAUAAAUCUUCUGUACAUCUCUCUCCAAACAA